AUGAACUUGAAGCACUUAAAGAAUCACAAGAAAUGCAGAACGAAACACUCGACUAGAAGGAACCCUAGGCAGCAGGCCAGGACCAGCCACAGGAAUGGGCCUCAGGCCGAUUGGGCCAGCGACAGCGGUGAUGUUGCCAUGGGCAGGGUUGGUGACUCCUGGGUGGGAAAGGCUGGGUGCUUGGUCCACCACCAAUACAGUGACGAGACGAGAUAA